UCUGAUAUAUCAGUUUUUACCAUAUUUCCUAGUCUGACUCGUGCUCUCCGUCGAAUCGUUGCCUUGUAAAAAUGCGCCUUACGUCUUUGUUUCCAGCCUUGAGUCUGGCAGCUGAGCUUGCCAGUGCUGCCUAUGUGCUGCAGGACGACUACAGCCCCGAUGUGUUUUUCGACAAGUUUACAUUCUUUACAGAUGCUGAUCCGACCCACGGCCAUGUCGACUACGUUGAUCGAGGCACGGCGCAGAGCGCAGGCCUAAUCUCCUCAGGCUCUUCCGUCUACAUGGGCGUUGACCACACCAACAUCGCCAGCUCGGGCCGCCAAAGCGUGCGUCUUUCAAGCACGCAGACCUACCACCACGGCCUCUUCAUCAUCGACCUUUCACACAUGCCUACAGGCUGCGGUACCUGGCCGGCCUUCUGGAUUCUCGGCCCGGACUGGCCCAACGGCGGUGAGAUUGACGUUAUUGAAAACGUCAACGUCGCAACGAACAACCACAUGACCUUGCACACCAGUGAUGGCUGCACAAUCGACUCUUCCGGUUUCACAGGAACCCUGCUCACCUCAAACUGCUUCGUCAAUGCUCCCGGCCAAGCCAACAAUGCCGGCUGCGGCAUUCAAUCCCCCGACAGCAACUCCUACGGCGCUGGGUUCAAUUCCAACUCCGGCGGCGUCUAUGCCACCGAAUGGACGAGUGACCAUAUCUCAAUUUGGUUUUUCCCGCGCAGUUCUAUUCCCUCUGAUAUCACGGCUGGGAAUCCAGAUCCGAGUACAUGGGGCACACCUGCAGCACGAUUUGCAGGGAACUGCGACAUUGAGUCCCACUUCACAGAUAUGCAGAUUAUCUUUGAUAUCACGUUUUGCGGGGACUGGGCAGGGAAUGUCUGGGAAAGCAGUACUUGCGCUUCGUUGGGUAGCUGCACUGAUUAUGUGUCGAACAAUCCAGAGGCAUUUGCGGAUGCUUACUGGGAUAUUAAUUCUCUUAGGGUUUAUCAGGAUUCGGCGGCUGCGAAGAGGGAUGAGAUUGAGGGGCGGGAGAAGACAAGUGCUAAAGGUUUUCCGAGGAAGUCGAUGAGGGCGAGGAGAGACGCUGGAUUAUAG